CCGGAGCAGCCGGCGGAGCGGAGCCGGAGCCAGAGCAUCCUGAGCCCCGGCCCCGGCCCCGGCCCCGGCCCCGGCCCCCGCAGCAACCGUGGGCCCCUCCCCGGGACCCGCCGCAGAGCCGGCGGCUACCUCGCCCGCCGCGGACACCAGAACAGAACUGAGACGCCACAACCAUGACGACGCACGUCACCCUAGAAGAUGCCCUGUCCAAUGUGGACCUGUUGGAGGAGCUGCCUCUCCCCGACCAGCAGCCAUGUAUCGAACCUCCACCAUCUUCCAUCAUGUACCAAGCCAACUUUGAUACAAACUUUGAGGACCGGAAUGCCUUCGUGACGGGCAUCGCGAGGUACAUUGAACAGGCCACAGUGCACUCCAGCAUGAAUGAAAUGUUGGAAGAAGGGCAUGAAUAUGCAGUCAUGCUUUACACCUGGAGAAGCUGCUCCCGGGCCAUCCCCCAGGUAAAAUGUAAUGAGCAGCCAAAUCGUGUGGAGAUCUAUGAGAAGACAGUGGAAGUUCUGGAGCCAGAGGUCACCAAACUGAUGAAGUUCAUGUACUUUCAGCGUAAGGCCAUUGAGCGGUUCUGCAGCGAGGUAAAGAGACUGUGUCACACGGAGCGGAGGAAGGACUUUGUCUCUGAGGCAUACCUCCUAACCCUGGGCAAGUUCAUCAACAUGUUCGCCGUCCUUGAUGAGCUGAAGAACAUGAAGUGCAGUGUCAAGAAUGACCACUCUGCCUAUAAGAGAGCAGCCCAGUUCCUGAGGAAGAUGGCAGAUCCCCAGUCUAUCCAGGAGUCUCAGAACCUCUCCAUGUUUUUGGCAAACCAUAACAGGAUCACCCAGUGUCUCCAUCAGCAAUUGGAGGUGAUCCCAGGCUAUGAGGAACUACUGGCUGACAUUGUCAACAUCUGUGUGGAUUACUACGAGAAUAAGAUGUACCUAACUCCCAGUGAGAAACAUAUGCUCCUUAAGGUCAUGGGCUUCGGUCUCUACUUGAUGGAUGGAAACGUCAGUAACAUUUAUAAAUUGGAUGCCAAGAAAAGAAUCAACCUCAGCAAAAUAGACAAGUUUUUUAAGCAGCUGCAGGUGGUCCCUUUAUUCGGCGAUAUGCAGAUAGAACUGGCCAGAUACAUUAAGACCAGUGCUCACUAUGAGGAGAACAAAUCCAAGUGGACAUGCACACAGAGCAGCAUCAGCCCCCAGUACAACAUCUGUGAGCAGAUGGUCCAGAUCCGGGAUGACCACAUCCGCUUCAUCUCCGAGCUUGCUCGCUAUAGCAACAGUGAGGUGGUGACUGGUUCUGGAUUAGACAGCCAGAAAUCAGAUGAAGAGUACAGGGAACUCUUCGAUCUGGCUUUGCGGGGGCUCCAGCUGCUCUCCAAGUGGAGUGCCCAUGUCAUGGAGGUGUACUCCUGGAAGCUGGUUCAUCCUACUGACAAAUUCUGCAACAAGGACUGUCCUGGAACAGCAGAAGAGUAUGAGAGAGCCACGCGUUACAACUACACUAGUGAAGAAAAGUUUGCUUUUGUAGAGGUGAUAGCUAUGAUCAAAGGUCUACAGGUGCUCAUGGGCAGGAUGGAGAGUGUUUUCAACCAAGCCAUCAGGAAUACCAUCUAUGCCGCCCUGCAAGACUUUGCUCAGGUGACCCUGAGAGAGCCCCUGAGGCAAGCUGUGAGGAAAAAGAAGAAUGUCCUCAUCAGUGUCCUACAGGCUAUUCGGAAAACAAUCUGUGACUGGGAGGGAGGUCGAGAACCCCCCAAUGACCCUUGCUUGAGAGGGGAAAAGGAUCCUAAGGGUGGCUUUGACAUCAAGGUUCCACGUCGAGCUGUUGGACCCUCUAGCACUCAGCUAUACAUGGUAAGGACCAUGCUGGAGUCCCUCAUUGCAGACAAAAGUGGCUCCAAGAAAACCUUGAGAAGUAGCCUUGAUGGACCAAUUGUUCUUGCCAUUGAAGAAUUUCACAAGCAAUCCUUCUUCUUUACUCAUCUGCUCAACAUCAGUGAAGCACUGCAGCAGUGCUGUGAUCUCUCCCAACUUUGGUUCCGAGAAUUCUUCCUGGAAUUAACAAUGGGCCGUCGAAUCCAGUUCCCGAUUGAGAUGUCCAUGCCCUGGAUUUUAACAGAUCAUAUCCUGGAAACCAAAGAACCUUCCAUGAUGGAAUAUGUGCUGUAUCCUUUGGAUCUCUACAAUGACAGUGCAUAUUAUGCCUUGACGAAGUUCAAAAAGCAGUUCUUGUAUGAUGAGAUUGAAGCUGAGGUCAAUCUUUGUUUCGAUCAGUUUGUGUAUAAAUUAGCAGAUCAGAUUUUUGCCUACUACAAAGCAAUGGCUGGCAGUGUACUAUUGGAUAAACGUUUUAGAGCAGAAUGCAAGAAUUACGGAGUCAUUAUUCCAUAUCCACCAUCUAAUCGCUAUGAAACUCUGCUGAAACAGAGACACGUCCAGCUGCUUGGUAGGUCAAUCGACCUAAACAGGCUCAUUACCCAACGUAUCUCUGCUGCAAUGUAUAAGUCUUUAGACCAAGCCAUCAGCCGAUUUGAGAGUGAGGACCUGACCUCAAUUGUGGAGCUUGAAUGGCUUUUAGAGAUCAACCGUCUAACCCAUCGGCUACUGUGUAAGCACAUGACUCUGGACAGCUUUGACGCCAUGUUCCGGGAAGCCAAUCACAACGUUUCUGCUCCCUACGGCCGCAUCACCCUCCAUGUGUUCUGGGAGCUGAAUUUCGACUUCCUCCCUAACUACUGCUACAACGGAUCCACCAAUCGCUUUGUCCGAACAGCCAUUCCCUUCACCCAGGAACCACAGAGGGACAAACCUGCCAAUGUUCAGCCAUACUACCUCUAUGGGUCCAAGCCCCUCAAUAUUGCCUACAGUCACAUCUACAGCUCCUAUAGGAAUUUUGUGGGGCCACCUCAUUUCAAGACAAUCUGCAGGCUCCUGGGUUAUCAGGGCAUUGCUGUUGUGAUGGAAGAACUGCUGAAGAUUGUCAAGAGUUUGCUACAAGGAACCAUCCUCCAGUAUGUGAAGACCCUGAUAGAGGUGAUGCCCAAGAUCUGCAGACUGCCACGGCAUGAAUAUGGCUCCCCAGGGAUCUUGGAGUUUUUCCAUCACCAGCUGAAGGAUAUCAUUGAAUAUGCAGAACUCAAGACUGAUGUGUUCCAGAGUCUGAGGGAAGUGGGCAACGCCAUUCUCUUCUGUCUCCUCAUAGAACAAGCUCUGUCUCAGGAGGAAGUCUGUGAUUUGCUCCAUGCUGCUCCAUUCCAGAACAUUUUGCCUCGGGUCUACAUUAAAGAAGGAGAACGCUUAGAAGUCCGGAUGAAGCGACUGGAAGCAAAGUAUGCCCCUCUUCAUCUUGUCCCUCUCAUAGAGCGGCUGGGAACUCCUCAGCAAAUUGCAAUUGCCCGGGAGGGAGAUCUUCUGACUAAGGAGCGACUGUGUUGUGGACUGUCCAUGUUUGAGGUCAUCUUGACGCGCAUCCGGAGCUACCUCCAGGAUCCCAUCUGGCGAGGUCCUCCCCCUACCAAUGGUGUCAUGCAUGUGGAUGAGUGUGUGGAGUUUCACCGUCUCUGGAGUGCCAUGCAGUUUGUAUACUGUAUCCCAGUGGGGACCAACGAAUUUACAGCGGAGCAGUGCUUUGGAGACGGCUUAAACUGGGCUGGCUGCUCAGUCAUCGUCCUCCUGGGACAGCAGCGAAGAUUUGAUUUGUUUGACUUCUGUUACCAUCUGCUGAAGGUGCAGAGGCAGGAUGGGAAGGAUGAAAUCAUAAAAAAUGUGCCCCUGAAGAAGAUGGCCGACAGAAUCCGCAAAUACCAGAUCCUAAACAACGAAGUCUUUGCAAUCUUGAACAAAUACAUGAAGUCAGUAGAGACGGACAGUACCACCGUGGAGCACGUACGCUGUUUCCAGCCACCCAUCCACCAGUCCUUGGCCACCACUUGCUAAGUGUAGAGUUCCUAUCGGGAGGUGGAAGGGAGGAAGCGCCUCCGGACUGUGUCAGGGCUGGCUCAGGAAACUGGCGACCUGUGGGCUGGACAUCAGACCAAACCAGAUACCCCAAGCACACCUUGACCCUAGCCAAGAGCUGGGCCUGUGCAUGCUCUUCCAUGACAUCUCCGUGGUUGGUUUCUUCCAUAACUUAAAACACACACACACACACACACACACACACACACACACACACACAGCAAUGCGUGCUUUUUCUUCCUCAUUUUCUCCUGUGUUGAUCCUGAGAAUUCAUUGUUUGACCCUUUGGCAUCCCCCACAGUCUCCAGCUCUCCCCAUCGCACGGUUAUGGCUGUUCCUUCAGGCCUUCCAUUUUUGUGCCCACUUCUGCAAACAUAGCCAUCUAUGACCUCGUGCUGUUAUCCACAGGCUUCAAGGAGGGUGGAACCUUGUGGUACCCGUGGUUCUCUGAGAAGCAGCAUCUGGCAGAGUUGGGAACCAAGGGCGAGUGGUCCUUGAAGCGCAGCUCUUGGUCAGGCCCCGGCUCGUCAGCUUAUCCCUCAGUCCUUGCCUUGCCCAUUCUCCUCACUGGUAGCCGUUUCCUCCUGCUCCUCCGAACCACGUGGAACUCCAGGGACUUCAGCCCUAAGAGCACUCACGGACUGAAUAGCUGUCCUCCAAGGGCUAUUGGGCAGUGCCCACCCACAUGCAGUACAUGAGGUUUCUUGGUGGUGGUUUCCUGCUGGAGAUGGUGCUUGCUCUUGCUUUUUUCUGACUCUAAAAGAAAAUCAGUAAUUUUCCCCAUCCCACCCAACUACUGCCCUCCGGGAGGGAAUUUAUAAUUUCAUUCAUGCCUACAGCACAUGGAAUAGUAUCAGGGUUAGGAGAAAGAGCAAGGGACCCCUAGGACACAGCACUCCUAAAGCAUACAUGACCUUCAUCCCUAAAUAAAAAAUCCUUUUAGCUUAAGGGCCUUUCUGGUCUUGUCCAUGGUUUGUUACCAAUAGGAAACUGAGCUGCAGAAGCUCAACAGUAAUCCAUUUGUGUAUCUUCCUGGGGUCCAGGUACAAAGAACACUUUUGACCGAAGGAGAAAGCAUGGUACAGUUAAAAAGUGUAAUGACUCUGGUCAGAUAUCUCAAGUUCAAGUCCCACUUCUGAUACUACCUAUGAGACCUUCAGCAAAUUAUUUAAUCUCUCUGGUCCUUAAUUGCUUCAUAUGUAAAGUGAGGAGGUCAUUCUAGAUGGCCUCUAUGGUCUGUUUCAACUCUAAAUCUAAAAUCUCACGAAAUCUCAGUAAAUAUUUGCACUUAUCAUUGCAAAUUAUGGUCAAUUAUGGAAUCAUUGCACUUAUGGUCAAAUAGCGUCUGUUAGGGAGAAGAAGUGGGAUAGAGAGGGAAGUGGUAAAUAAGCACUUGUUAACUUAAGUUUAGGGGCACGGAAUCUCUCUCACAAAUGCUUCCACUCCCAGCUCCUACUUAAACUGUUUAAAAUUCCACUUGCCUAUAGGAUGAUAAAUGACUUUCACAAAGAGUAUAGGAAUCCCUUUUCUAAUGGAAUUGUCGGAAAAUGCAUUGAGGCAAAUGUCUCAUAGUGGGGGCUCUUUUUCUCUCUCUUCACAGGGUGCUUUGGCCAUGGGCAGCUGACAACAUUAAAGUGCCUCUUUGGGUAGUCUGUGCCCCGCAAGAGAUGGAAUUAAAAGAGGAAACUCUGAAAGAGGUUUCAAGCCGAUCAGCUGGGCCAAUUUUGUAAUUAGGAAAAGCAGGAGCAAGAGAGGCUUGAAGCUAAUUGAAUACAUUUGUGUCCCAAGUAAGGCAAGGGGAGAACAGGAGGUAGAUGCAGGAGUCUCCUGUUGGAGAACUCCUGAGAGGCACUGCUCUCCACCUGGACUCUGUGACCCUUCUUUGUACAAACAGGGCGGCAUCCCUAAACUGUGGGCAGGAAAGGAGGAUAAGAGGCAGUCUGGUGCAAUAGAAGUAACAUUGGAUUGGGAGGUUCAAAUCCUGGCCUUGUGUGCCCAUGGAAAAGUCACUUACCCUAUGUGGGUCUCUGUUUUCUCAUCUAUAAAAUGCAGGGGUUGCACUAGAUGGCUUCUGAAGUCCCUUCUAAAUCUAUGAUGAUGUGAGUUAUCUAAGGGGCUGCUCAUCAAGAAUGCUCUCAUGGAGAGAACCAUCCUUCCUUUUCCACCUACAGCCAGAAGUGCUUCCCAAAGUGGUGGAAGGUUAGAUUCAUUAGCAAUCAGAUGCUAAAGCAGCCCAGAUGCUCACAACUUGUUGCUAAUGAAGUUACCCAAUCCUAGGUCUAUUAGGUCAAAAGGUACUGUGUGGUCAGAUUCUUCCUGAGAACAGCUAUUGACCUAUCAGGAUUUCUCAAGCUGCUACUGAGCUGAUGAGUUCAUCCUUAAUACUUGAUUUGCCAUGUUCAAUCUAGAAUUCCUAAUCAAGGUUGGGUUGCUGCUCCUGCAGUCUUAUGCCAACCCUGGGGUCGAAUGUAGCCCUCUAGCAAAGUCACCUUCUCCACGGGAACCCUGCUUCUGGGGUGAUUAGAAGGGCAGGAUCUGGCUCAGGGCACUUUGCCACUCAACCAUCUUGAACAAUGGUUUUCAAUCAAAAUGUAGUCCUGGAAGCUCAAAAAAGAUACUUAAGUCCUCAUAUAAUCCCAGGCGAGAAGAAUUGAAGUUCUCUACAACACUAUCAGACACCUGGCUAUUGCCAAAAGACAUCCAUUGCAAAUAUCAGACAAUUCUGGAAUUUGGAUUUUAGACUCUGGGAAGAGCCAAUAUUGAUUAAUAAGAGUUCAACCCAGUCAACAUAGCUGUAGUUGUCUCAGAAUAGGCUAUUUGGUUUACUGAUCUAAUACCCCUCCAGGAAACAGGUAACCCUGUCUCAGGUUUGAGGUUGAUUUACUUUAUAUGAUAUGGAUUUACCUGGGAAUGGCUAAUGUUCACCGGCCUGUUCUAAGUGAUAAAAAAUAAGGAUGACACCACCUUAAAAAUCUUCCACUUCAAAUUCCCUCUUGAAGUUAACAUUCUUAACUCCUGCAGCAGAAAAAGUCAGAUCUUAAGCCUUUGGAAAUUUGUGAAUUUGUGGUAUUUUCUUUUUUCAUUCUAUUUUCUAGCAGCACUUCUUUAUGGACACUAAAGAUAAAAGUCCAAUAUCUCUGUGACCUCCUUCCCUGUUCCCCCACCCCACCCACCCUACCCCACCCAGUAUUAUUGGCCCAGUUUAAUUGAUGUGUCCAAGAACCAGAAAAAAAAAAAAAAAACUUGGUUUUUAAGAGUUUAAAAAAAAAAUCUGUUUGCAGAAAUUGUCAAAUGUACCAUAUUUGUAUUAAGAGUCUUUGGGGUUUUUUUGUACAACGAAUUUACAUUUAUUUAUGGUGAGUUAUAUUUACGCUAGUGAUAAAAUCAUGGUGUUAAAUUCUUACAUCAUAUUUGCUAUGCAGCCGAAGAGGAUAUUUUGGUUUGUAUUUUGGGGGGUAUUUGUGUUGAGUUAAUAGAUGUUCCCAUCUUCAUUAAAACUGCUUCUGAACUGGUAAAAACUA